CCGGAAGUCGUUUGGUCGCUACCGGAAGUUGAUUCUGUAUGAAAGUUAUCUUUUGUUCCACCAGUUGAAUGUCUGCUCUGCCUCAUGAUUUAACUUAAGACACGUCGGGUCAGCCUCGUUGACGAGAGACUUGCUCUAAUUGAGUCAUGCCAGGAUAAAAAAAAACAGCUCGUAAAAAACCAAGGUGAACUUGAAGCGACAACAUGGCCAUCGCCCACGUGGCCACCGAGUACGUCUUCAGCGAUUUCCUCCUAAAGGAUCCCAGCCAGGCUCGAUACCGCAACGUCCGCACCGAGCUGGCGGUGGACAAGAUGGUGACGUGCGUGGCGGUGGGCCUUCCCCUCCUCCUCAUCUCGCUGGCCUUUGCUCAGGAAGUCUCAGUCGGCACUCAGAUCAGCUGCUUUGCGCCCACAAACUUCUCCUGGCGACAGGCGGCUUACGUCGACUCGUACUGCUGGGCCUCUGUGCACACGCACACUCUCCCCCUGUGGCUGCACAAGUUCUUCCCCUACAUCCUGUUGCUGGUGGCGAUGCUGACGUACACGCCGGCGUUGUUUUGGAGAUUUUCUUCGGCGCCGCUCCUGCAGUCGGACCUGGGCUUCAUCAUGGAGGAGUUGGACCGCUGUUACAACCGCGCUGUCACGCUGGCGAAGCGGAUGACCACCUCUGAAGUGCAGAGUGCCGACAGUGACCCCACUGAGGGCUGCUUCAACUACCCGCUGGUGGAGAAGUUCCUGAUGACCAAGAGGUGCUCGCGGGUGCUGCUCUUUCGCUACCUGCUGUGUCGUGGCCUGACUCUGGUCACGCUGCUGUGCGCCUGCCUCUACCUGGGCUACUACCUCCGCCUGGCGUCGCUCACCGACGACUUUGGCUGCACGCUGAGGGUGGGCCUGCUCGCCAACGACUCCACCGUCCCCGAAAAGGUGCAGUGUAAGCUCAUCGCCGUGGGAGUCUUCACGCUGCUCAGUCUCGUCAACUUGAUCGUCUUUUCCGCGCUCCUCCCCGUGGUGAUCUACGCCAGCGUCCGCCCCCUGCUCUGUCACGGGUACGCCCACUUCCUGGAAACCUACCAAUCACUGCCCACGGUGAGCGUCCUGCCCACUCCCAGCGGCCAAUGGGACGACCUGUCUCUGUACGUGCUCUUCCUGGAGGAGAACAUCAGUGAGCUCAAGUCCUACAAGUACAUGAAGCAGGUGCUGGAGCUGCUGAAGAAAGGGGGCGAAUGCUCCGGGGAGGACUUUGACGCCAUGGGUCUGCUGCAGACGCUCUGUCUGGUCAAGAUGGACACCGUCGACGCUAGAAAAGCCGCCAAACCCGAUCGGCUCGCCGUGGAUGCAGAAAAGUCGUCCAACAACAAAAUGACGAGCCCCAACCCAGCCGCUGACAACAGGAUGGAAACUGAGAUGAAAGAGUUCACUCCCUUGCUGCCGGGCAACGGCGACGUGACGGGCAGCAAAACAAACAGCGAGGGCGGGGAUCUGCGGCAGCGAGCGAUGUGAUAGGCCGCCGGCCUCCCAGAAGAGGCGGAAUCCACUCCUACUUCACAUCCGGACUGACCAGUUUGUUGUCUUGCGCGCCAACACUUCAUGUUCUCACGACACAGACAAUGAUGAAGAAGUGAGCAAGACUCAGCUAAUUUGCAUGUUUCUAUUGUGUGUGUGUGUGUGUGUGUGUGUGUGUGUGUGUGUGUGUGUGUGUGUGUGUGUGUGCGCGUGUGUGCGUGUGUGUUUACCUGUAUAAUAAAACAUCAUGCCAAUAAAUCACUUCCCUAAAUUCCCCAAUGUGAACAAAACAUAUAGAAUACCCACUCAAAGUAUGUAUUAUCUGUUUGCAUUAAAAAAAGAAUGGGUUGAAAUUAAGGAUGUCCGAUAAUGGCUUUAUGCCGAUAUUCCAAUAUUGUCGAACUCUUAAUUACCGAUGUCAACCGAUACCGAUAUACACAGUCGUGGAAUUAACACAUUAUUAUGCCUAAUUUGGACAACCAGGUAUGGUGAAGAUAAGGUCCUUUUUUAAAAAAUUAAUAAAAUAAGAUAAAUAAAUUAAAAACAUUUUCUUGAAUAAAAAAGAAAGUAAAACAAUAUAAAAACAGUUAAUUAAUGAAAAUGAGUCAAAUUAAUUGUUAAAGGUUAGUACUAUUAGUGGACCAGCAGCACGCACAAUCAUGUGUGCUUACGGACUGUAUCCCUUGCAGACUGUAUUGAUAUAUAUUGAUAUAUAAUGUAGGAACCAGAAUAUUAAUAACAGAAAGAAACAACCCUUUUGUGUGAAUGAGUGGAAAUGGGGGAGGGAGGUUUUUUGGGUUGGUGCACUAAUUGUAAGUGUAUCUUGUGUUUUUUAUGUUGAUUUAAUAAAAAAACCCUAAAAAAAACAAUACCGAUGAUAAAAAAAACGAUACCGUAAAUUUCCGAUAUUACAUUUUAAAGCAUUUAUCGGCCGAUAAUAUCGGCAGGCUGAUAAUAUCGGACAUCUCUAGUUGAAAUCAAUGUGGAAGUACCACCGCCCUCCUACUGAGACCCCAAAAAUGUGACUUUCUACAACCCACACAAUCAUCAAUGAACACAAUGUUAUUAUUUUUGCACUCUUUGUGACAUUAUGAGAUUGUUAAGCACCUUUCUAGACAACGUCCAGGAUGUGUUGCGUGCUAAAAAUAAUAUUCGUACUCUGGGAACUUACUGGAAGUGUGUUUUCAUUGUGGUGUUUAAAAACAGUGGUAGUAAUUCAGGAUGGAUGCCGCCAAUCACCCAGUUUAAUAACACUAGGAUGAAACGUGUCAUAGGAACAAAACAACGAGUGUUUGUUUCUUUUCUUUUUGUUGUUUUUGUUAGUCUUUUCCCUCGGCCAUGAAUGUAGUUUUAUUGUACUUGUCUCAUGUACAUGUUUCGCUAAACAUUUUGAAAGUGGUACUUUGUUGCUUUAUGUUGAUGUGACAUCUUUUCUCGUGACAAAACAUAUUUGAUGAUGCAUUUUUUAAUGUAUGUCCUCUGAAAAAUAAAGUUGCUGCUCCGUG